GUGCCCAUAUGGGUUCCCAGAACAUGCAAGGUGACAAUUUUAUCCACUAGGCUACCACGCCAGGCCCACUCCCACUAUUUCUUUUGUUCCCUUUCUCAGUCUCAAUGUCCCCAAAAUUCCAAAAUCAUGUUUCCAUUAUGAUAAAAAGUGAGUAGAAUGGCUAAGCACUACCCAAGUGAGAUUACAUCCGUACUCUUAAAAGCAAACAGAAAACUGAAAGUUUAUACUUUUUUUAAAAAAUUGUAAUUAACAGGAGCCAUUCUUUAUGAUACUCUUACCUUAGAGGUAUUAUUUUGCUGCUAAGACAAAUCAAAACCAAAAAGCUGUGCAUUCAGAAUACUGUGAUACUCUUCAAGGUGGACAAACCUGGCGCUGCAGGACUCCGAAUGGGGCAGGAUUCGAGGGUCAGCGUGCGCCCUGCUUUUGUCAGAAUGACCCUGGGGUCGAGGAAGAAGGGGAUUCCGAGGAAGGGAAACCGCCCCUGGAGAAGUCGUUCACCGCCAGGUGGGGUCCUCUGGCCAAACAGCUAAAACAGCAGCUCCCAUAACUGCUUCCACAUCAGGGUAGCAAGUGCAUUAAACAAGACCAAGGCCAUCCAGUAGCUCUUAUUAAGUAACUUUUCUAACUGUCAAGUGUAUACCAGGUCGGGUAUGCCAAGUUGUUAAGCAGUAUAUGAGUGUAAUUUAAACUGUGGACUAUCAACUGUACUCUGAAAGUGUUUGUAUCCAAUAUCAUUUAGAUGUCACUCUAAAUAUUUACAUUUUAGCAAGACUUUUCAAAAAGCAUUUAUUUCAUUUUAAAGUGAAAAUUGCUUGCCAGACUUCUGGCAAAAUAGUUCUUUCAACUGUGAAGUCAUAGUGUACAUAUUUGUAUAUUUAUAAAUAUUAUAUAUAUAUUUACAUCUAUGCUUCAUUUUAAGGCACACUGUACAGUCCAUAGUUAGUGCAUAUAAUUUGUGGUCUACAUGGUUGGAAUGGUUCUUUUUAUAGACAGUCAAAUCCCAGAUGUUACAGGAUUUUUGUUUGGCUUGCUUUUGUUUUUUGGUUUUUUUCUUAAACAUUUUUUUCAAAUAUUGCAUGCCUAAUUCCGUGUCUUUUGUAUUCACUUCUGCAUUUUACUUUUAGUUGGUGGGUACUUUUAGUUUUGUGGUAUUUGUAUUCAUCACUGAAUCAUGGAAGCUAAAAAUUAAAAUUAUUUUUGAAUUACUAUUCCCAGAGUCUGAUGUAUUUUUUUCGCACACUAUUUAUUGAACAAAAUAGACCUCAUGUCUACUUGAGCAUAUUCUUACCUUGAAAUCACUCCAGCUAUAAAUGCAGAUCAUAAAUCUUUAAAAAAUAAAUAAAAACCCUCAGGUUUCUUGUAGAGCAAAUUGGAGGGAAAAGAACUGUUUGGGUGCCUGUGAGCAGAGAAACUAUAUGCUCCCUGAGGCCAUCAACAGGCUGACCCAAGAUCCCACUACGGCGCUGCCAAGGAGCCUGCCACAUUCAACUCCAAGGGCUGACCCAGUGACGCACUCAGCACCACUGACUGUAUUCAUUGAGUCAGCAGUAAAAACAGGUCCCCGUGUAACUUUUGUUGCAAUCUGCUCAACUGAAUUGCCUUGGUUAGUUUACAGAAUUAGAAAGUAAAAUCAUAAAUCUUAGCAGAAAGCCAUCAGGAAAGCCUGUUACUCCAAAUGAAAAGGAAAAUCAGUUCUGACAUUUUCUUAGAGGCAGUGCCUCUUGUUAACAAAUCUCUUUAUUUUUAAGGAACACAUUUAUUUCUUAUCUCUAGAAUGCUCUUCAAAUUUGUUUGAAAGUGUAUUUAUAUAGUUUUAUUUUAUUUGAAAAGUGGAGAAACACAGAGAAAAAGAGAGACAACAAUAGUCAAGUUGGGGCCAGGCCAAACCCAAAAAGAUAGUGAAAGAUUUCAGGUGGUCACCGUGGCAACUCCUCGUAGAGCUGGCCAAUGAAUAGAUGGAGAGAGAAAACGCAAGUGGUGAAGUUAUUUUUUCACAGAGAAAACUGUAGCACUCUGUUAAUGAUGCUAAUAAUUCAGUUGAGACAGGAAGAUUACGAAGGCCAGCUAAGAGUGCUGGAGCAGCAUCCUGGAUGUGGUGAACGGACUGGCUGAUACCUGCACAGACAGGGAAGGCCUGCAGGAGUUGGAAGAAAAGAGCACGUGGACACUUGGCAGUGGUGGUCCAGGUGAGCACUCUGGAAGUUCUGUGACUGCUUUGAUCUUCUCAGAGAAAUGGAGUGAAUGGACAGUCAAGGGAAACAUUGUGGACAAGAGAUAGAAGAAGCCUGUGAAAGAUCAAUGGACAGAGCAGUAGAAAGGGGCCAACGUGCCCAGCCCAGCACAACCUACGUCAGGAAACCAGUGUCAUCUGAGGUUAUGUAAACCAGGCACAUGAAAGUAAAACUUCAAAUAGUAGAAGGUCUCCCAUGCCUUUAGGCACCUAUAUGGCUUUCCCUUGGUUUGUGCUUGUAUUUCCAUUCUACAGCGUUGCCAGGCAAUGCAUUCUGGUAUUCUUGGUGGUUAAGUUCUGCUACUGCCAGGGAGUCCCUGAAGCACCAUGAUGAAGACCCAGUCCUUCUGAGUGUGAACUCGUGUUAAGAUGGAUCGGUGUUGUACGGGGCUGUGGCACCACCUUCGGGAAUUCUGGACUGUCACUGUGAAGGGCUGUUUUAUAAAGAAAGAGGAAGAACUUAUUCCUUCAUCUGAGAGUAUUUUUCACAAAGAAAAAAUUGUGUCACUUGGCUGUACCUUGAAGGACCCUUCUGAAACCAUUGAAAAAAGAGCUCAAGCUGCCCAGAGGAUUGGCCUGUUGGCUUUCACAGGAGGACCAAAUGCGGGGAAAUUUGCAGCUGAGUACAUGCCGGAAGUAGCUCACUUGCUGCAAUGUGAGAUGAGCAUCAAACCAAAGAUCCUGCUGCUCCAGAGUGUGGCAUGUUGGUGUCACUUAAACCCUUCCAGCCAGAAGAAAGCCAAACAGCUGCAAUUUAUCCCCAUUCUCCUCCAUCUUUUAGGAUGUAAUCUUGAUUGUACUAUCAAAAGUGAAAAAAAGGGCAGUCUCCUUAUUAAGUUUUGGACUUGCUAUACUCUCUCCGUCAUGACGUGCAAUAAUCUGUCUUACGUUAGGGCGCUUCGAGACAGCAGUGAACUAAAAUACCAUUUGCAAAUAUUGGCUACGGAAAAUUGGUCUGGAUGGUCUGAAAAUUUUGCAGAGGUGUUGUAUUUUCUCAUUGGUUUUCACAGGAAUUAGUUUCUGUGAGUCGGAUAUGAGGAUGCAGCUGCCUUUGCCCCUAUAUUACUCUGGAAAGGUGAAAUGAAUAAAAUCAACAUGUUAUUCUUAAGUGUUUCCUGUUUUAGUCAAGAAGGUUCUGAUGCUUUGUGUACAGUUAACAACGCUGAUCGAUUUUGUGAAAAGCAAUGCCCUAGGAGCUGGCACACCACCCACUCUCACAGGAAAUGAAUUAAAGCACAGACACAGAGGGGACUAGACAGCCUUGUGAAAGGUCAGAGCUGAAAGUGCUUGUUCGUUCCCCUGCCACCUACAUGGGAGACCCUGAUGGAGUUCCUGGUUC